AUGCAGGAGAUAUCCGACAACUUCGUUUGGUUGAAACCUGUUUGCAUCGACUACCCUCGGAGAGUGCCUUCAGCAUUUCUCCUCACCGACGCCAUGUUGGUGUUGGAUCAGAUGCUUAAUGGGGGUUUGAUCUUGCCGGCGGACGGAGAUACCAGAUCGGAGGCUGCAGCCCGGGAAGGGAAGAGGAUCAAGAAAUUGAUGGGCGACAACAGCACAGAUGAGCGUGUGAGUAUCUUGAAGAGCUACCUGCAAGCUUCCCCUCGCAAGAAGCAGGAAGAAAUCCUCACUUCUCAUCUGCAACAGGCCGCCGCCAGCUCUGAUGAUUCGGAUUCCAGCGACGCUGCAGAGUCUUCUGCUGAGGAGGAUGCGGAGUCGGAUCCGGUGCGCAUCACUACCUCGCCUGUUUCUCCCUGCAGUACUUCUGAGAUCGGUGAUCGUGCCCGCGCUGCCCGUGCUGCGGCCAUGGAGGAUGCGAACUCCCAGGACGGAGGCGACAGCGACGCGAGCCCUGCGCCAUUGGAGGAUGAUGAGCGCAGAGACGACAGCGACUCAAGCCCUGCGCCGAUGGAGGAUGAUGAGUGCGGAGACGACAGCGACGCGAGCCCUGCGCCGCUAAAGGAUGAUGAGUCUGGGUGCUUGCGCCGAGGCAAGUCAACCGUCGACCUGGGUGCCCUUUGCGGUGAGGUUGCCAGCCAGGCUGACAGUUCCGAGUCUGAGGCUGCUGAGGCCGCAGAGAAUGUUCAGGCUCUUUCUCCCCCAGCAGCUGAGUCUGAGGAAGAAGAGAUUGCAGAUCAUGAUUCCCACUACAAUCCGGAGAGUGAGGAUGACGGCAGCGUCGAUUCCCAGGUCACUUUGAGGCUGGGUGAGUGGAAGUUGCCGGACGCAGCGUGCUCAGUGAAGGAGAAGGCCGAGGCAUCUGCUGAGCUGCAGAAGGCAUUGGUCGAGGCAGGGCGCUGUGCAGGGCCCAGCAGAGCGCGAAGGGAGGUGGCCGACGGCAUGAAAACCCUUGCGACUCCACCGUGCAAGUCGAAGGGUAUGCAUGCGGUGGAUAUGCUCACCCCAUCCCCGGUGCCGAUGCAGACUUCCAAGAAGAUGAAGAGCAAGUCGCUCGCAUCUUUCAAGAGGCGCCAUGUGCUGAAGAAGUCCAAGGCCAAGAGGAAGGAGAUCGAGAAGACCGAUAAGGCCCACGGCUUGUAUGGAGAUUACAACUUGCAGGAGUUGCAAAUUCCUAAGGCUGCUUGGCCUCAGAGGGAUCGCACCAAUAAGGGCAAGCACAGUUUCACCCUCAAGUCGGCCGUCGGACCAGCCACCAUUGAGGUGCUUGUCAGAACGGGUGCCUUUUUUUUGAAACGCAUCAAUGAGAACGCCAGUGGCCCCCUGGGGCAAAUCAAUUUCAAGCGGUUCGGCUCUGUCGCCGAAGCGUGGGCCGUUGCCAAGCAAAGGUCUGGGUAUGUGGAGCCAUGA